AUGGAGAACACUGCGGAGAAACCAAGCGGUAACAAGGCCACCAUCGUCAAGAACACGGCUCAGCUCUCCAAGAUCCCACGUCAUAUGCUCUCCACGGUUCCACAUCAAAUCAUCACUCAGCAAGCGGAGAACACCACUGCAACUUGGCCUGUCAUCCCCACUGCAUUAAGGAGCAAGAGGAGGAACUACAACAGGCAAAUGCGGAGAACACUGCGGAGAACACUACGGAGAACACUGCGGAGAAACCAAGCGGCAACAAGGCCACCAUCGUCAAGAACACGGCUCAGCUCUCCAAGAUCCCACGUCAUAUCAGUCAUCCACUCAGAGGAGCAAGAGAAGGAACUACAACAGGCAAAUGCGGAGAACACUGCGGAGAAACCAAGCGGCAACAAGGCUACCAUCGUCAAAAACACAGCUCAGCUCUCCAAGAUCCCACGUCACAUGCUCUCCACGGUUCCACAUCAAAUCAUCACUCAGCAAGCGGAGAACACCACUGCAACUUGGCCUAUCAUCCCCACUGCAUUAAGAAGCAAGAGGAGGAACUACAAUAACGUCACAAGAGGAGGAUCUACUGCGACGAUUAUAGCCAAUUAG